CCUCCGCUCAGCGGGCUGGGGCGGAGCUUCCCGGGUCAGCCGCUGAGCUGCCUCCAUUAGCUGUGACCCGAAACUCUGCCCCGAACCGCUGCUGCUCCCCAGCCGGGAGAGCCCUUCCCUAGCUCCUGGGGCAGCUCCGGGCUCUGCCGACACCAGCCCCUGAGCCGCAGCCUGCAGCAGGUGAGCGCAAGCAGGAAACAUCUUCGUUCACAUGUGCUGGUAAAAAAGCAACUCAUGACAAGAUGCCUCCCAAGCGAUCCAAAGGAAAUGUUUCACAGGGACUGAACCAGAAAAAGUCCCUCAAGAAUCAGAGGAAAUUGGACAAGCUACAGAAGAGCUCUCUUGUGCAGAGAGAGGGUAAAUCAGCCAUCCGCGGGAGAGCUGUGAGGAAGAGCAAAGACACGAUCAUCUGCCAGAGAACAUACGCAGGGGAGAAGCCCAACAUCUGCAUUGAGUGUGGGAAAAGCUUCACCCAGAGCUCAGACCUUAUGAACCAUCAGAGAACCCACACGGGGGAGAAACCCUAUAAAUGCAUUGACUGCGGGAAGAGCUUCAGCGUCAGCUCAAACCUGAGUCGACACCAGAGAACCCACACGGAGGAGAAGCCCUAUCCCUGCACUGACUGUGGGAAAAGCUUCACAGACAAGUCCACCCUGACCCAACACCAACGCGUCCACACGGGUGAGAAGCCCUAUAAAUGCAUUGACUGUGGGAAGAGCUUCAGCCGCAGCUCCCACCACAAGAGGCAUCUGAAGAGCCCUCCAGAGAAGAGGCUGGACAAAUGCACCCACUGGGAAAGUGCCACUAUUGGGAAGGUGAAAGAAACUAAAGUGUCUAAGAAGAAAACCCCGACCAUUGAGAUCCCUAACACAUGCGCCGAGUGCUGGCAAAGCUUCAGCCAGAACUCGGACCUGGUCAAACACAUGAGGAUCCACACAGGAGAGAAACCCUACGAGUGUCCCGAUUGCGGAAAAAGAUUCAAUGUCAGUUCAAACCUGAUCAGACACCAGAGGAUCCACACAGGAGAGAAACCCUACACAUGCUCUGACUGCGGGAAAAGCUUCACUGACAAAUCCACUCUGACCCAGCACCACCGGAUCCACACAGGAGAGAAACCCUAUAUAUGCACUUACUGCGGGAAAAGCUUCAGCCGUAGCUCCCACCACAAGAGACAUGAGCGAACCCACACCGGGGAAAACCCCGUGUCCUUUCUGCCCUUGUGGCCCUACCCCACCCAGACAUACUGAAAUUAUCCCAUUGGUUCUCAGGAAUUAAGUGGGAGAUUUUUCCCAAGCUCCAGCGUGAUUCAGUAGCACAAUCCCCAUCAGCUUCCAAUAAGACAUAUGGUCCACUGUGCUUGUGUCACUUCUGGGCAUGAGACCUAGGUUCCUAAAUCAGUUAGGUGUUGCAGUGCCGCGUAGAGUUAAGUCUUGACAACUGUAAGAAUUUGGGUCUGAAAUCCCACCCAGAGUGAAGGGAGCUCUGUGAGGGGUUUCAUUAGAGCAUUAGGGAGUAAACUACCCAAAUUCCAUUAGUAUUAUUUGUAUUGUGCUAACGCCUAGCAGCCCCAGUCAUGGACAAGGAACCACAGUGCGAGGCACUGUACAAACACAGAACAGAGAGAUGGUCUCUGCCC